AUGGGCCCCAUGCGCCCGGGCGCCGGGCCCUCGCACGGCCGGCUCCCCGCGCUGCUCCCCCUGCUGAGGCUGCUCCCGCUGCUGCUCGGGGUGCUGCUUGCGGCCGGCCGAGAGGGGGCCAGCCAGGCACCGGCGCUGGCACUGGCGCCAGAGCAGCCGCCCCAGGUCCCCUACUGCCUGGCCCCGCUGCCGCUCUUCGACCAGCCGAGCCGGCUGGAGUUCCAAUCGCUGGAGCAUGGCCGGCCCAGCUCCACCCUGGUGCUGCGGGACUCCAACGCGCUAACCCUCCUGUCGCAGGACCAGCUCACUGUCUCGGCAUGGUCGGAGCUCCGCCAUGGGGCCCUCUUCCAUUCGGAGCAGAAGACACACCAGGUCCUCAGCCUGGGCUCCUCCGCCCCGGGACUGCCCCAUGGCAGCGUGGUACAUGUCAUCCGCGCUGACACCCCUCGCCCGGCCCUGGUGGCCUUCAGCCCGACCGAGGCACGGCUCCUUCUGUCGGAUGGCUCGGGCGCUAUCUUCACCGACGCCGGCAUGGUCUUGCUGGCUGCCACGGCCUCCUCCCACAACCAUGCGUCCCUGCUGGUAGUCGAUAGCCAGAACCUUGUACGCGUUGUCAGCUUGUUGAAUAGCGCCGCGUCGGACCUCAUGAUCACCGGGCUCACCGGCACCCCCGGGCUUCGGGCGCUUCGCGGCUCCGGCUACACCUUCCACCUGUGGGACGCCAGCACCUACCACUUCCUGGACCUCAGCCUCUCCCUCGACCCGUCUUCCAGCUCGGCCGAGGCCGUCAUCCGCCAUGUGGCCGUCACGCGUGUCUCUCCAUCGACCCCAUCCGAUCGGGACGACCUGUUCUUCCUGCUGGACAAUGGCACCUGGCUGCCGUGUCUCGCGUGUUCCUCCCUGGCCCCGGUCCCGGGCGUCCCCAGCCCGGUCUUCCCCCACCCGGGGGCCAGCCUCUCCGGCCGGGUGCUGGCCCAGCCCGGCUUCGAGCUGCGCCCCUCCGACCAUACCGGGCACUUCUUCUUCCACGAGCAGGCCUCCCACAAUGGCACGCCGGAUGUCCUUUGGCGACUGGACGUCUCCACCGACGGGCUGACCUUCCAGCCAUCCCGGGUGCUCAUCCCCUCCGAGGCCGGGCCCCUGGCCAACCUGCGCCUGGUGAACACCUACCUCGGCGGCCGAUUCGUGCCCGUCCUCGCCGGAACCCAGCUCCUCCUCGACCACAGCCACUUCUCCUGCGACCAGGACCUGACCAUUGUGUGUGACCCGGAGGAGCCCACCGGCUGGCGGUGCAAGCCCGGUCACCAGAUGUCCACCUUCGCCAACGACGGCCGCCUAUGCAGCGCCUGCCUCCCGGGCUUCUAUUACCAGCGGGACUCCAGCACCAGCCAGAUCGAAUGCAAACCGUGUCCCCAGCAGGGCUGCGAGGUGUGCACGGCGGCCUCCUGCCUGGCCUGCCAGCCGGGCCUGCUGCUGGCCCGGCCGGCCACCAACCAGGCCUCCUGUGUUCAGAAUUGCCCCGAGGGCUUGCACCAGGAGGGGACCCUGUGCCUGCCCCUGGACACAUGGACCGUGGAGCAGCCGACCCUCGAGCAGGUUGCCGUCUCGGUCAAGGAUGACGAUGGCGCGUCACUCAACCCGACGGAAUCCCUCAUCCCCACGCGCCUGACCAUGUCAUCGACGGAGGCCCUGCUGCCCUGGGCCGCGCCGCUGCCCCUCCGGCCGACGCACUUCCUGUCCCUGCGCAACGGGAUCCUCCCGCUGCUGAUCCAACCAUCGGCCGAUGGAUCGCCCCCAUUCCGGGCCAUCGAACUGUUCAGUUUGCCGGCCAUCUCCUUCAAGGUCCUGGACGGGCUGGAGCGCGUGGUCUCCGUCGCCAACAGCCGGCCGGUUCUCGAGCUUUUCUACUGCCUCGAGGGGUCGUCAGGCGGCCUGCGCCGGGUGCGCGUCACCUGCCAGACGGGCAGUCACCAAGUCCCAGAACAGCCAUGCGUGGCCGCCUUCCAGAUCGACAACCAGUUCCUCCUGCCCGGUUGCGAUGCCCUGGCCGAGAUCGAUGCGAACAACCUCAUGGUUCGAGUUGUCGGCGGCCUGCACUUCCUCCUGUCCACGCCCAGCUCCGACAACUGGGUCAUCAAGCCGGUGUCCAGCUUGCCGACCACCGGGCGUCCGGGCAUCCUGCCGGCCCUCGGCCUGACAUCGCACAACCUGCUGGUCUUCCACCAACAUGGCCCGGGCCUUGGGCCCAGCCCGCGCGCCGUCUCCCUGCCCCUGAUGGUGGCUGGCGAUCCGCGUGUCAAUGCCACGGCCACCAGCCUGCUGGACCCCCAGGGCCUUGCCCAGCUGGAAAUGACGUCGGUGCUGACGCUGCGAGCCACGGCCCCGGCCCCGGACCACUUCCUGGUGGGCCUGCGGCCGGACCCCUCCCACCCGGGCCGCUAA